AUGAGCGUAGCUAUUGUUGACGGUCCAAUGAUGGAGGAAUUCGUGGAUGACACUGAGGCAUUUGACAAGUGGACCGACCAACAUUUUGAUAUGCUAGACACAGAUGGGAAUGGGGAGUUAUCACGCGACGAGCUCCAACAUAGGCAAGGAAAAUACUCAUCCUGUGAAUUUGAGUUGCAAAGCAAGGAAGAAAUUUCAUGUUUAUAUGACGCCCUUCUUGAAAGAUUUGAUGUUGACAGAAGUGGGACGAUCGAUCGCAAAGAAUUUAGGGCGCUUACGAAAGAAAUCAUGUUGGCUAAGGCUAGAGGGAUUGGCAGUUCCCCAGUUUUGGUCAUUCUUCAAGGGGAUAGCCUUGUUAUGAGGGUUGUUCAACAUGUCUUACAAAAAUAA